AUGAAAUUCAACGCAACUUUCGCUUUAAUCGUGAUCUGCGGUUUGGUGGCCUGCAGCCAGGCAUUGCCUGCCAAGAAGAGGUUGGCCUACUACCAACAACCCGCUGCGGCCCAAUACUAUGCCGCACCACAACGCAUGAUGUUCAUGCGUUACGUCCAACCCUCAUUCGGUACUGCCCGCUCUCACCAAGCCGCUGCCGCACUCGUUGCUGGCGAUUCAGUCGCCACCGGCACUUACCUGCAAGAUUGUGUCCACACAGGAGCCGCCGAUGGUGUUGUUGCUGCUGCUGGACCCGCUGAAACUGUCGGCUUCUCUGGUGAAAUGCAAGAUGAUGCUAUCGCCGCUGCUGGUACCCAUGUUGCCCACUCCGUUGCUGAGGCUUACCCCGGUGCUGUCGCCGCCGCUGAGGAACAACACAAAGUGACUGUACAAGUUGAUUUGGAUCCCGCUGUCAGCGCUGAGGUCAGCGAUGAUGAUGCCAAGGAAGGCCGCGAAUACAAUUACGAUGUGCCAGCUGUCGCUGCUGAUGGCGCUGAUGUUGAGGUUAAUUUGGCUGGUGAAGCCGCUACUGUUGCUGAAGUUGAAAGCCCCGCUGCCGCUGAUGCUGGUACCGCUACCGUGUCGGUUGGCUUCUCCGGCGCUGCUGAGUCGGAAGCACCUGCUGUUGGCAGCGCUGUCGCCUCCAAGGGUAUCGAUGUGAAUGUUAAUUUGCCCGCUCCCGCACCACUUGCUCCCGUUGUUCCAGUUAAACCAGCCAAACGUUACUUGCCAGCCAACAAGAAGAAGGUCAUUGUUGAAUUGGAACAAGCCGCCGAUGCCGAAGAUGAUGCCGAUAACGCCGUUGCUGUGCAAGAUGACGAAGAUGUUGAGGAAGAUGAUGCCUAUGUUCCAGUGCCAGUCGCUCCUAAAGUACCUGCCCGUCGUCCAGUUGCCAGAAAGCCCGCUAAGGCCGCCAAGCCAUUGCCAGUUGGUACCUUCUUCCCUGUCGAUUUUGGUGGCGCUACCGGUGGUGCCAUCGCCAUUGCCAACUCCUUCAGCACUGGUGAAGCUGGCUCCGCCACCAGCCACGCCAUCGCCUACGGCAAUCCCGAUCAGGCUCGUGCUCACGUACGCCCCAGCAGACGUCACUAA